UUUGUUUUUUUAGUCCCUCACCUACGAUCGUGUGAUUUUCGGUUUGUAUGUAAGAAACUGGGUUUUUGGGUUUUCUAAAUCAUCGUUUAAGGUUUGAUUGAAACUAUGAAGAAAGCUGAGUUUCUAUGCUUCUUCUCUGCUUCAUAGGAGCGUCGUUUCUAGUGGAUUUCUAUCAGGCAACAGAUGGUGGCACAAUUGUUUUGGAUUGGUUAAUGCAUUAUGAUGUUGUGGAAGACAUAUCACAGGUGGUCAAUGGCUCAAAUCCUGGAACUGAUAGAACUCCAAUUGCUAUUGUGGUGCUAGGGCUCACUAGUGAUUCUUCUGCUGCUGUUAGCAAAGGAAGGAUGGAAUGUUGUUGUGCAAAACCAUCGUGGACUUGGAGGGAUAUCUUUAACCGUGAGUUUCCUUGUAUUGAUAUUGAGUUCUAGGUUUUGUUUUAUUUGUCUAGAUGAUAUUUUGGAUCACAGGUGCGUGGCUGUACUGAUUUUAUAUAUUAAUUAAUGACUUGCUAGAAGAAUAUGAUCAAUCUUGCUAUCAAGUUCACCAUUACAUGUUCUGGAUUAAGCAUGACAAUAUCUUUGAUCUUAUUAAAGGGAUUUAUUGGCUUUGCAAUCUUAUUUCCUUUUCAUAAGCAUAUCAUUUUUGAGGUUGAUUUUAUUGAAUAUGCAUGUGGUUUGGGUAAAUUAUGAAUCAUUGACUGACUCUUUAAAUC